AUGAGGCAGCCAGGCCUGCUGCUGCUGCAGCAGCAGCAGCAGCCGCAACAGCAGCAGCAGCAGCAGCGGCUAUUUAACUCUGCGCGUCUUCUGCUUGGUCUGUGCUGCUUGCUUUUCCUAACUGCUGCUGCUGCUGAAGGUCUGCUGCUGCCUAACAGCAGCAGCAACAGUAGCAGCAGCAGCUCGCAUCUAGGUGGGUCCCUGUGGGGGCCCGUCUCCCGCUACCGCGCCCCAUCAGCUGGCUCGCUGCAGCAGCAGCAGCAACUGCAGCAACUGCAGCAGCAGCAGCUGCAUCUGGGGUCCCGUACCCUUUCCUUUGUCUCCCCCUUAGGGGCCUUCCGUGGUUUGUUUGGUAAGAAGAAGAGUGCUGAUGGCAGCAGCAAGGAGGACGACAGCAGCAGCAGCAGCAGCAGCAGCAGUGGAAGCAGCAGCAGCAGCAGCAGCGACAGCAGCAGCACCGAUUCAGCAGCAAUAGAUGCUGCUGUUGGUGCAGCACUUGAGUUUGCUGCUGAGCAGCUAAGCGCCCUACGUAAGGAGGUCCACUCUUUGCUGCUGCAGCAGCUGCAGCAGCAGCAGAAGCUGCAGCAGCAGCUACAGCAGCAGCAGCAGCAGCAGCAGAGCAGCAAAUCUACUAAACAGAUACCUAUAGAUAUUUCCCCUCCGCAGCGUCUACCUGUUACAGAGAUGGCUGCUGCUGCUGUUGCUGCAGCAGCAAAAAAGAAGCUGCAUGCAGUCCUAUCCAAGACAACAGCAGCAGCAGCAGCAAAACAACAACAACAACAACCAGCAGCAGCAGCAGCAGCAGCAGCAGCAGCAGAGAGGGUAAGAAGGGCAGAAGGACAAAUAGAUGCAUAUGUAGAUGGAGAAGCAAAGGGAAUAUUUCAGCAGCAAAUGCAGCAGCAGAUCUUGCUGCUGCUGCAGCCAUUUGUAUCAGGAACUGCUGCUGCUGCUGCUGCUGCUGCAGCAGCAGCAGCAGCAGGAGAACGUAAAGGAGGACGCAACAAUAAUAAUCAAGUUGGUACACCAGAGCAGCAACUAGAAGUUGCUGCUGCUGCUGCGCUGCAGCAAUUCAAUGAUUUGCUGCUGCGCUGCAUCCCUUCUGCUGCUGUACGUGAGCGUUGGGGUUGUGCUGCGCUGCAGCAGCUGCUGCAGCAGCAAUUGCUGCUGCAUGCAAGAAAUCUUCGUAUACACCGUAGCGAGCAGCAGCAGCAAGCAGAGACUCUAUUACGCGUAGUACAACAGCAGCAGGGUCUACUGCAGCAGCUGCAGCAGCAACUGCAGCAGCAGCAGCAGCCAAGGCCCUUCGCCAUGGGUGCUGCCUAUAGGGUACCAGACACAAACCUGCAGGUUGCUGCUGCAGCAAGACAAGGAAGGCUGCAGCUAAAUAUAACCUGUGUACCUGAUGAUGCUGCUGCUGCUGCUGCUGCUGCUGCUGUAUUAGGGCAGCAAGCAUUUGUUAAGGGAAUAGAGGGAUUAGGUAAUCUAGGUAUUAGCUGCUCCUUCUCUAUAUAA